UGUUCCCAUCUGCAGGGACAGAACAGGAAUCCUGCCAAGGAGGUCCAUAUCGUGUGGAAGACCCUCCUGAUCAAGUGGGACAGAAGCAGCACCUUCUUGUGUCUGUGAGAGGAAACCAUCAGUGUCAAUGUAUCCUUCUGCUGGGCCAUUCCUGCUGCAUUUGUGAAGUCUGCUAAAGGUUACCAGCCUCUGGUUAAGCAUGUCGGCUUUGCAAGACCAUCCAUCUCCAAACAGCUCUUUGCAGACAUCCAACUUUGCACAUGUGAUCUUUCAGAAUGUGGCCAAGAGCUACCUUCCAAGUGCUCCUCUGGAAUGCCACUACACCCUGACCCAAUAUAUACAUCCAAAUCCGAAAGACUGGGUUGGCAUUUUUAAGGUUGGAUGGAGCACUGCUCGAGACUAUUAUACCUUUUUGUGGUCACCUAUGCCUGAGGACUAUGUGCCCGAUUGCACUCGCGACUGUGUGCUGACAUUUCAAGGAUACUAUCUCCCUAAUGAUGAUGGAGAGUUUUACCAGUUCUGCUAUGUGACACAUAAAGGGGAAAUCCGGGGAGCAAGCACACCUUUCCAGUUCCGGUCAUCUUCUCCUGUAGAUGAGUUGUUAACCAUGGAAGAUGAAGGUCAUUCAGACAUGUUGGUGGUGACUACGAAAGCUGGCUUGCUGGAGCUGAAAAUCGAAAAGACAAUGAAGGAAAAGGAAGAGCUGCAGAAGAUAACCGCCAUUCUAGAGAAGGAGACAGUCCAGCUGAGGCAACAAGUGGAAAACCUGGAGAGCGAGCUGUCACGUGAAAGAGAGUGUUCUGAGCAACUGUCUUCAGAACGAGAUCAAAUGCUCCAGACAACUGAAAACCUGAAGUCAGAAGGUGAAACCGAGAAGAAAGCAUGUCAGGAAAUGUCUGCAAAAAUCCUUCAGCUUGAAGAAGACCUUUUGUCUGUGACUCAGAAAGCCAUAGAAAAGGAAACUGAAUUAGACAGCCUGAAAGAUAAAUUGAAGAAAAUGAAACUGGAAAGAGAGCAGUUGGAGUUUCAAGUAAAGAAUGAGAAGGAUGAAAAGGAAUUGUACAAGGUUCACCUAAAAAAUACUGAAAUCGAAAACACUAAACUGCUUACUGAGGUGCAGACACUGAAAAAUUUAGAUGCAAAUAAGGAGAACUUAAUUUCACACUACAAGGAGGAGCUUGGUAAAACGAAGCUGUGUUUGGAUGAUAAGGACAAGGUGUGCAAGGACCUGCUUCUGAACUGUGCAGAGAAGGAAGACAUUGGUUUAAUAAAACGGCAGCUUCGUAAGAUUCAAGAUGAACAUCAAGCCAGCAGACAAGAGGUUUCCUUCAUGUCCAGAGAACUUAGUGAUGCAGUAACUGUACGAGAUAAAACCAUGUCUGACCUGCAUACAUCACGCCUUGAGACAGAGAGUGUGAAGAAGCAGCUUGCUGAUGCUUUGUCUGAGCUGAGCAUACGAGACACACAGCGGCAAAUGACUACAGUCUAUGUGAAAAAGGAACAGGACACAGAGACCGGCAGAGUGGAGCAAGAGCUUCGAAAAGAGGUUGAAGACCUGAAGUUGAGACUACAAAUGGCAGCCGAUCACUAUAAAGAUAAAUUCAAGGAAUGCCAGAAACUCCAGAAGCAAGUUGUAAAGCUCACAGAGCAGCUUAAGAAUGCAGAAGAGAAACAAAAGGGGGUAGAUGUACAUGUGUUGUGUCAGGCAGCAAAUACAGAGGCUUCAAACUUUUCUCCAUCAGUGAAUCCAUUUUCUUCUGACUGUGUACCAGAAUUUGUGAUAAAAGAACAAGUGGCAGACAUGAGCAAAGAAAUUGCAGAGAAAAGCGAAAAAUAUCUGAAAUGCAAGCAAAUGUUGGCAGAAGAAAAGGAGAAGUGCAGUGCUUUAGCUGAUAGUGCUGGCAAGAUGGAGGUAAAGUGGAAGGAACAGCUGAAAGUGAAUGAAAGCAUCAAGCUACAGGUAGCAGCUAUUGAAGACCAGUAUAAGAUUCAGUCAGCGGAGAAGGACCGGGAGAUAUCGGAACUCUCCUGCCAUGUUGAAGUAUUGCUAAGUGAAAAGGGCAGACUGGAGGACACUGUAAAGGAACUGGAAAUAAAUUUGGAAAGACUGUCGGAAAGGAUGGCCAGUGGUCACACAUUAUCAGGAAGCAGCUCCCAGGGUUUACAGUUUUUCAAUCCGUACUGUGAAGAGCACAGAUCUGUUCCCAUCAUCCCAAUCCAGCCACCUGUACUGCAGUUUGGAAAUCCAUAUGCAUCCCAGUCAGCAAGAGAUGGGGCAGAUGGUGCUUUUAACCCAGAUGACGUCCAGGGGCCUCCAGCACAGGCACCUUUAUGGGAAUAUGAAAGCAAGGUAGUCUGCAGUCAGCCUGCUCGCAACCUCAGCCGGCCGGAUGGCUUGGAAGAUCCUGAUGAUAACAAUCAAGAUAAUGAUGACAUGAACUUUCAGCUGGACCAGGAUCCUCCCAGCUACCCCGGACAAGAGCAAUCUGGCUUCUGCUUUGAUCCAAGGUACACCAUGCAGAGGAAGUGUCCACUGUGCACUAUGGUGUUUCCACCAAACUAUAAGCAGAGCCACUUUGAGGAACACGUGGAGAGUCACUGGAAAGUAUGUCCUAUGUGCAAUGAGCAGUUUCCUCUGUACUGCGACCAGCAAGCGUUUGAGCGCCACGUCCAGACACAUUUCGAUGGCAACAUCCUAAAUUUUGAAUAGGCUUGGUCUGCUCAGUGUAUAAUGUUGUAGCAUGGUGAAAGGCUUACCUUAAAAG